AUGUUAGGCCUUCUGUUCAUCACAGUGUACUCUGUGACCCCAUGCGGGACAGGACCUGCAUGUGUUAACGGAGACUGCGCCUACGGGGACGGAGCACACUUCUGCCAGUGCAGGCGGGGCUGGGCGGGAGCUGCGUGCGACGCCCCCCGUGCAGGGUUCCGCAAGGUAACUACCAGUGGGCAGACACCCGCAGACAGGGCCGUCAACUACGCCUGCCUCGUGAACGGGACGGAGUGCACAGGGUCGAGCAAGUGCAACUACUACGCAGGGGCGUACUCGUGCGACCCCUGCCCCGAUGGCUUCGUGUCCUACGAGGGCGAGUGCCUGUCGAAGGACUGCUUCAACACCGGUGACCUCUCAGGACAGGAGGCAACGAAGGCCCCCUGCAACGGCCGCGGCCGCUGCCUCCUGAAGGACCCCGGGCUGGCCGGGCUGAGUGCUGACGACUACGCGUGCGACUGCUACCCGAUCUACCGCGGGGGCCUCUGCCAGUCGUGCGACGACGCCAACGCGAUCGCUACAGAAAGCUCUUCGUCUGAUUCCCUCCCUACGUGCAAUGCGCGGGCCUGCCAGGACUCGGAUGGCGUCGUGUGCUCAGGCCAGGGAACGUGCAUCCUUGACGUGGGCCUCGAUCGCGAAUCAUAUCACUAUCGCUGCAAGUGCAAUGAUGGCUACACACGCGUUGGACACAAAUGUGUCAGGACAGAGUGCGUAGUCACGAUCGACGGGUCCCCGGUCGUCUGCGGGGGUUUCGGGAACUGCACAGAUGAGGGCAAUACCGGUACCUUCAAGUGCGUUUGCGAUUCGGAUGCAGUCCAGGUCGGUCAGUUUUGUACAUACUCCGUGUGCACAGACGAGUCCCGCUCGAAGAUCUGUGGCGGAGUGGGCGCGUGUGUGCGCAACGGGGCUGGUUAUAGUUGCGAUUGCCGAGGGCUUGCCACGGGCGACCUCUGCGAUACUUGCACUUCUGGGAAAUCCGCUCAGGUAGGCGACAAGUGCGUUCCGCUGGGAUGCCUCACCUCAAACAACCAGGAAUCAUGCAAGAACGGAGGAACAUGUGUCAAGUCCGACGGCGAGUACCACUGCCGCUGUCCGGACAUGCUCAUUGCCGUCAGCGGAGAGUGCACGUCCCCCGCGUGCAUGGACGAGGAGCUGGGGAAGGUCUGCUCGGGACACGGCACGUGCAAAACCGACAAUCUACAAAAUAUACAAUGCACUUGUGAUCAGGACUAUACCUACAUUGCUUCAGGACGCUGCAUCUUGAGCAGUCUGGUGGAUAGCCCUGCCACGGUUUGCAGUGGCCACGGGCAUAUUGUACUUGACCCUGCAGAUUCUUCUACAAUGAAGUGCAACUGCUCAUCAAUCUACACGGGCGAUAAGUGCGAAACUUGUGAUACAGCCACUGCAGAGGAGAUAGAUGGCGUAUGCACCGCCAAAAAAUGCAUCAUAUCGACGCCGCAACCGCCCACCGCACGUGCUGCUGACUCACGCGUCUGCGGACCAGAUGGUCAGUACACUACCUUCGGCGAUCCUAGCAAUCCGUUCAUCACAUGCGUUCCUAAAGACUCCAGUGAUGGGAACGUUUCGGCCUACAACGGCACCUUCUCCGCUAAACCUGGGUGUGUGCAUGUUAGCAAAAUAGACAAGACAAGAAGGUUCUUUUGUGGGUUCCUUGAGAAUGUAACAGAAAACCUGCCAGUUGAUAACUUGCCUACGUGCGCUAAGCUUUCCGACGAACCCGAUCUACCUGAAACGUGUACUGUAUGUCCAGAGAAGUUCCACCUUGUACACUUUGAAAAACACAAUAAAACCUGCAUACAUAGUGACUGUCACGAUGGCCAAUUCGGUCAUAUGUGGUACAAUUACUGCGGCGGUGUUGGAGACUGCAUUCAGAAAAAGGAUAAAAGCGGAUACGAGUGUGAUUGUGGGACUGCUGCCAAAUGGGAUCCAAAUUUGAAGGCGUGUGUCACUGAUGCAUGCAAGCUUGACAAGAGUCUUGCUGGUCCAUGGGCGCCCGAGUAUUGCGCUGGGCCGUCUACCUUUACACUCGAAUGCACUGUCGGACGGGACGCAACGUGGCAGUGUAAUUGCAUUGGGGACUAUGUUACAUACAACAAGACGUGCAUUCCAAAGAGCAAGAAUGCUAAUUCUACAACCCACCGAGCAAGGGGACUCUGCGGUGGUCCUGGUGCGGGAUAUAUAGACAGUACUGGAACCUGCGUCUGCAGCAAUGGCUUCUUCAAGAUCGGUGACAUGUGCUACAGCUAUGACUGCCUGCCAGUUGGCAUACCAGAUAGCAUAAGGAAUCCAGAUAUCAACGUGCUUGUCUGCUCCGGAAAGGGAGUCUGCGUAUACAACCAGCUGACUGGUCGGUACGGCUGCGAGUGCGAAGGUGAUCUGGAGGCCUUCGGGGGCUACUGCACCUAUCCUACGUGUGCUGGCAAAGUGCUUCAUAAUGGGGAGGUCAAGUACGUCGAGUGCAAGGUCUACGACGGGUCUACUAUGCGGUGUUCAAAACCCUCCACUGGAACACCAUCGUGCAGCUGCAGGUAUCCGUACAAAUCUGCAAAUGGUCUCUGUGUUCACCUACGUUGCAUGCCAAAUGACGUCUACUGUGGAGGCGAUGCCUUGGCUGUAUGCACGCAUGGGACUGACAAUUAUUAUACCUGUUUCUGCUCUGAGGGAUAUGAGAAGGGUCGGCUCUACGACGAAUGUAUACCCAGCAAGUGCGUCUAUAGAAAAUCUCUGGACGAUCCUGCUAUUGCCUGUAACAGGCUAGGAUCAUGCAACGGUGGGCCUCUCCUGAAGGAUAAGCAAUGCAACUGCAACAGCGACGCAAAGUUAGUCACACUUAGAGACGUAAGCGGAGAACUGAGAAAGACGUGUGUUCUAGAGAAGUGCAUUUCUAGCGGUCAAGGUGUAGAUCCACCGAUUAUUUGCGGAGGCCUAGGCAGGUGCGAGUAUAAUGGGUGUGUCUGUGAUACUGGAUAUGAACCAUUUGGCAACACAUGCGUCAGCCCAAAAUGUCUGAUUAAUACUGUAACUACCAACAAUGUGGUUGCUAAAUCAAUAUGCGGAGGAGAUACCAUUGGAGAGUGUGUAAAAACAGGCACAGCCGGAACCUUCGAGGAUUAUACUUGUAAUUGCAAAACAGGGCUCACUGGCUAUGAAGUCGUGGAUGGAUUCUGUCUUCCAGCAGCUUGCAUAUUUGAAGUUACAGCAUCUGACGAUACUAAGCAGAAGACGAUGUGUGGUGGCUCGCACCUGGGAUCGUGUGUUCUCAACCUCACUGAGCAGGUGAAAUCUUACUGCAAGUGCGAUAACUGGUAUAACAUUGUCCAGAUAAAUACGGGGAUGUGCAUGAACAGCAACUGCCUUAGCGAUACUCUACCCGGAAACCCCGUCCAGAAGUUGGAGUGCUCUGGCCACGGAAAAUGCAAGGGAAGUAAGAAUACGGGAUAUUCAUGCACAUGUGACGCCAAUUAUGAGACACUGUCUGCUAGUGGCUACAGAUAUCUGUGCAUACCAUCUAAGUGCCUCACCUCUAAAACGGGCCUAGAGAGAAUAUGCAGCGGAAGAGGUAGCUGCUUGCUCACCAAGGAUUCAGAGGGAUGCAGCUGUCGUUCUGAGUACUCUGGGGACAAAUGUCAGGACUGCGCGACCGGCUACAAGGAAUACACAGACAACAGGUGCUAUCCGACAGACUGUCCAGAGGGCGACAGCUGCAGCGAGGAGUCGAGCCCUGUUGCGGGAAGCUGUCAGCUAGUCAACAGCCGCUUUACUUGUGUAUGCGUUAGUUCUAGCUUCAUCGUUGAUAAGACAAGCAAAAAGUGCAGAAAAUCUAAGUGUUACUACACAGAUCCGUAUGAAAACAUAGAGAAGAAGUGCUACAAUAUGGGCUACUGUGACGAGACCGGAGACACUGAGACAUGCAGCUGCUACUCCGGCACGACCCUUGUUGGGACGGGUGUCUGUGUGUAUGCGGAAUGCAUGCCAGAGAAUCACAAGACUGACCCUGCGAUGAUAUGCAACAAGCGAGGAACAUGCGUAGAGGGCCCUGUCGCCGGCACGGGACUGUGCAGGUGCGACAGCAGCAGAUACCGCACAGACAAGAAGACCGGCCAGUGCUUCGUCAAGGAGUGCUUCGGGGCGCACGAGAGCAUCCUGGCCGAGGUCUGCGAUGGUGGUGGAACGUGCAAUGAAGACAACAAGCGAUGUGACUGCACUGUGGAUGGCUUUCAGAGUCUCGAAGGUCAAACUAGUUGUGUGCACAAAAACUGUGUCUCGUCGGACAACAAGCUUUGCAGUGGCUUCGGGGCCUGCGAGAAGGCGGGGGAUACCUAUCGCUGUGUAUGCCUGGAUUUCUACACUUUAGUCAACAAAGACUGCAUCCCCACAAGAUGUCUCAAGGACGGGAAAAUCUGCAACGGCGGUGGACAGUGUACAGGUGAAGGGUCCUCUGCGAUCUGUAGCUGCAACCAGGGCUGGACCCUCCACGGGACUCUCUGCUACCCAUCGGCCUGCAUUUCCGGUGGGACACUCUGCGGGGGGAACGGCGACUGUCCACUUUCCACAGAUAGUACAUGCGAGUGCAAGUAUGGGUAUGAAAGUGUUCUUGACCAGCUCUGCAUCAGCAGCCAGUGCGUCCAGCGCGGCACCGACGGCACCGUGACGAUCUGCGGGGGCAACGGCAGGUGCGUGUCUGAGAAUGGCAUAAAGCCCACUUGCAUAUGCGAUGAAGGCUUCUCUCUCACAAGCGACUUCGUCUGCGGAGUCCCUGUUCCAUCUAACAAAUCGUCUGCCAGCACGACGGCUGCGAUCGUGGUCGUCGUUCUCCUCGUCCUCGUUGCAGUGGCCGGCUUCCUCAUCUGGUGGUUCGUGAUACGGCCCAGGAGAGGCGGCCCACUAAGGGAGCGCGCCCCGCAGAAAGGCUCCAAGUCUUCCAGGUCCAAGCUCAAGCGGCAAGCAACUUCUAACGCAUCACUCCACGCUGACGUGCCCCUGCUGAGUCAGCUGUCUGGUGCCAACUCCAGCAUCCAACUUUGA